AUGAGACGACAGUUGGUGUCUCACGAACGACAUGUGCUGCAAUGGUUGGCACUGCAGCCAUCUGCAACCAGCAAUACAGUCCAGCCAUCGCUGCAGUUGGCUUUGGUGUCGUCAGACUCUCUGCUGCACAACUUCCAAAUUCAUGUCAUGCCUGCCUGGCUGAUGGACUGUUCCAAACUCACAAAGUCCUUUGUUGUUGCUACCAACCUUGCAUCUGACUCCAUCUCUGUUGCUAUUAUAUCAAUUGGAAAUAACCCAGUUGCUGCAACUCCCAAUGGUAACUCUGAUGAUCCUACGAGGUUUGUGGCAGAGGGUCUUUCUUUGGCUGUUCAGAGACUGUUUGGUGAGUUUGAAGAGGACGGUCUCGUACCAAUGCAUACAAACCUAGGAAUCAUCAUGACUGGAAUGCCCAUCGAAUCUGCCAUUCCUAUUCCUUCUGGUGAAAACUACGACACUGCUCUAGCCCAAAUCAUUCUCAAGACCAACUUGUCAAUAUUGGGUUUGCUGCAUUCAACCGACAAGAUCGAUUGUGCUCCUUUAGAUCCUUUGACUAGAAAAAAUAUACAUAGCCAGUUGGGUGUUCCUCCUACUUGUUGUGCUGCUGAAAACUUAAUCCCAAUUCUUACUCGCAUGAUUCAUCAUGGUUUGCAUUUUUUUGACGCACUUCAGCUACCAUCAGACCACUCCUUCAUGUCCCCAGAUCUGACUAUUAUUUAUGAAGUCACACUUGCCGCGAUGGAGUAUUUCUAUUUCGAAUUUGGUCCCUUUUCCAACAUCACCAAGUUUGAAUCUACAAAUACCGCCAAUAGCACUCCACUCUCUACUACAUCCACACCAAAACCAUGGACUCAAGCAUCAAUGUAUACUGUUGUUCUUACCAAGCUUAAUGCCGCUAGAUCACGUCUUACUGCCCUUGGAUAUCCACCACCAAAAGGUGUGCAUUUAUCAGAUCCAAACUCUCUUCGUAAACAAGUUAAACAUUUUCAGCGUACCGUUGGUCUCGAAGUGACAAUGGUGUUGGAUAAGCGCACACGUACAAAAAUGGACUCAAACACUACUGGAAGAAAAACUGCCGGUGAUGUUGUAAGCGAGAUUGGUGGUGCUAUGAUGAAUUCACUGCGAUCAAAAAUCAAUGAUUUCACAGGUUUGCAUGCUUGGGGAGUCGAUAACGACAGCGAUGAUCGGAGCGGUCAAAUGGAUACUAGGAGCGAUGAUGGCGAGGUUCAUAAAAAUUAUUCUCUUUCAUUCGAUCCCCCGUCUCUAGCUGCUACUCCAUCUAACCCUACCCUUGGAACUCCUACCAGUAUACCUUCUACCUCACAGCCCAUUGGUCCUCUUGCUGCAAACACCUUGACUGUAGAUAAUUUGGCUGCAGUGGCUGCUACAGAAACCAACCGCGUUCUUGUAGACUAUAUUAAAUUGGUUAUGGAGGACAAGUCAGUCUCCAGCAUGAAUGAGAUUAAAAUUGGCGCUGAUGGCAACGAUGGCGGAUUCAGUCGCAACAAUCAAGUCGUUGAUGGGUCACAAUCACCUAAUCCCAGCAAAGAUACUUCCAAUACACAUUUAAAUAUAGGCUCGUCGUGGAAGAUGGGUCGCAGGUGGAGUACAACUAAUGGACUUCCUCUUUUUCCAAUGCUUUCUCAGAAUAAUAGUGUAAAGUUGUCACAAACAGCAAAUUCUUUGGCUGCUGGACCUGUUGGAGGCAGUGAUAAAUCGGCCGGUCCAACUCAUCAGCAUUCGCCAUCAUCUAUACCGCCUGUUUUGGGUCAAACGGAUGCAAAAAGUAUUGAUCAGGAUUUUUCACAGGGCAGUAUACAUGCCAACAUACUCUCACCUAGAUUUUCUCGCGAAGCUUCACUUGCAUCUGCCUCUAGUAUUCAUCCUAGUCAGAAGCAGCUCGUGGAUUCAUCAUGGCUUACAACAUCUAUCUCCAGCUCACAAAAUAUCAAUGAUACAACUGCACCUAUCUCAAAUGAUAGCAGUCCAUACGCUUCAGCUCCACCUACAGUGAGUGACGUUGCACAUGCAACUUCUCUUGCUACACGCAACGCAUACGAAAGUACAGCGCGUCCAGUUGGAAACUCCAACUUGCCAAAGCCAUCGCUUCAGCCUGGAUCUCCUCAAAAAAAUGGAGAUAGGAGUAUUGGUGGAGCAACGAGCAAAUUCAAUUCGUUUGACUUGACAUUGAAUGAAGCGAAUGUUGGUGCGGCAAAUACUGACGGGUCUGGAUUGAACAAUGCGGGCUUCCUCGAGUCUGAGAGUGCACAAAGGGGUCGUAAUAAACCUCGAUGGAUGAUGGAACUAAUGGCUGAAAAAGAUACUAGUGCUUCCCAAUACAACACACAACGUUUUUUCUCUCGAUCGAUAUCUGUGCCCCUUUCAACAUCGACUGGAGCGUGUCCAAGACCAUCUAUUCAAAGCAUGCAUCGAUAUGGAGUGUAUACUAACCAUGGCUUUUCAUCAGCCACUUUUAUUACACAUGCAUUACGUGAUACGAACAAGGAUACACAGCUAGUAAAUGGAAUGCAUCGAAGAGCAAGUUUUAGUGGAUUCUCAAAACCCAUCGAUUUUGUUAAUGUACUUCCGUCUCAUUGGUAUCAACAACGGAAUCAUCAUGUGUCCUCUAUGCCUGCUGAAAUGAAUCAUCUGAUAAAUGAACUCAAUACACAUUGCGGCACUGUUGCUCAGGCCUUGACAUCGCUAGAUACUCUUUCAUCAACCAUAUCUGAGCUGGACGAGUACAUACAAUCACUUGAAGAUACAAUAGCUCAACGCACCCAGCUUAUAGACCGAUCGCUACUGAUAAUGGAGCAAUCUGCUGCAGAUCAAGAUAAAUGGGAGGCGAUAGUGUGCGACACUGAAAAUGAUGGCCAACGGAUUGAAUAUGCAUUGGGGGGUGCCAGUGAGGUGGUGGUAGAGUUUGAAGGAGAAAUGAGAAGGUUUUUAAAGGGAGUGAAUGCCGCUGAACGACGGGUGGGAGAAAUCUUGAUUGACAUGGCUGGAUAGAGAACGGAUCUGAUGGCUCUUGACUAGAUUUUAAGCUUGUAAAAUGAAUAAAUAACCUCGAUUACACCAGAUGCUGUAUAUCAA